AUCAUCCAGCAAGCAAAGUAAUCACUCUUAACACUCUCAACGGCAUCUACUACUCUCAGCAAACGCACGAAUACCUCCUUCGCCACUCUUUUUACACACUCAAAGUCAAAAAUGGCGCUCUUCCCUCGUGGCUUCUACGGCUCCUACGGCUCUGACCCGAGCUUCACCAACCUCUUUCGCCUUCUCGAUGACUUUGAUACUUACACUCGCGAGGUUCAAGGCAGCGCCCCAGAGACCGGCAGCCGUCGUCAUACCCAGCCCACCCGCACCUUCAGUCCCAAGUUCGAUGUCCGCGAGACCGAGCAGACAUACGAGCUACACGGCGAGCUUCCCGGCAUUGAUCGUGACAAUGUGCAAAUCGAGUUCACCGACCCUCAGACCAUUGUGAUCCGGGGCCGUGUUGAGCGCAACUACACUGCCGGCACCCCUCCCGCACAGGUUGCUGGCGUCCUCACAGAAAAGGGCGAGCCGCAUAGCCCUGCUGCUCACCACGCCACCGUUGAAGACGACGUCGACGAGGACAACCGCUCGGUAGCCACCACUGCUACCGGCGCCAACAACCAGAACAAUCAGCAAGUCGCCCAACGCGCAAGCGCACCCACCACUGAGGAAAAGCCAAAGGCGCCAGCCGAAAAGUACUGGGUCUCUGAGCGCUCCAUUGGCGAGUUCUCGCGGACUUUCAGCUUCCCCGGUCGUGUCGACCAAAACGCAGUCAGCGCCUCUCUCAACAACGGCAUCCUCACCAUCACGGUUCCCAAGGCCAAGAAGCACGAAACCAUUCGCAUUGCUAUUAACUAAACACGAUGAACGGUCUUCUUGUCUGUGAUAAGGUUCGGAAGAGUUCUUGGAAGGAGAGUUGGUGUGUUAACAGCAUGACAACGGAGCAUUCACUUCAUUUAGCAUCGCAUUGGUAUGACGGCCUUGUUUGGUUGAUUUGGAGCACAGCUGUGAACGAAUACGAAUGAGUAUUGUUGUCAUGGUCUG